GGGCUCUGAACCCUCCAGCCGCGCUGUCAACCAGCGGCUCCAGGCGCGCCGCGACUCUCCGCACGCGCCGCCAACGGCUCUGCUAAUGACUGUGGCCCUUGGGGUGUCUAGGACCUUCCGAUCCGUUUUGGAGCUGAGAGUCUGGCGGCGGAAACAGCACCCGGGGUGGGCUGAGGUCUGGAAAAGGCGGGGAGCCGCUCCACCCGACCGCAAGCCGCUCCCCGGCGUGGUGCGUGGCGGGCUGCACCUGGCCCGGGAGGGCGGGGCGGGGCCGGGGCCGCUGAGGAGGAACGCCCCGGCCCCGCCCGCCGGCCGCCCCGUCGGGAAACCCUGGAGCGGCGCGGCGGCCCGGCGGCUGCUCUGCCUCGGCGCGACAGGAGAAAUAAAGGAGACGAACCCUGCUUCGGGGACCAGAAGGCAGUAUCAGAAAGAGUGAGCUGGAGUGACCUGGGUGGCUCACAUUCCUAGAGGAGGCCCACAGAGACCCCACAGUGUGGCCACCACGACAUAUCAAGCUAUUUUCAAGGUCAGGCCUGGUACUUGGAGCUGAGCCUGCUGGGGUCCCCACUGGUUGUGGAGGAUGAGGCUCCUCCGCAGACGGCACAUGACCCUGCGGCUGGCCAUGUUGGGCAGUGCCUUCAUGCUUUUCCUCUUCAUCCGGCAAAAGGACACAAGUAGCAGGAAGCAGACCACCGAGAAACCAUGGCUGAAGUCUCUGGUGAACCAGAAGGAUCACGUGCUAGACAUCAUGCUAGGGGCUGUGAACAACCUUAGAGAUUCAAUGCCCAAGCUUCAGAUCAGGGCUCCAGAGCCCCAGCAGGCUCCAGUCUCCAAAAAUCAGUCCUGCCUGCCUGGCUUCUAUACCCCAGCUGAGCUGAAGCCUUUCUGGGAACGGCCCCCACAGGACCCCAACAGCCCUGGGGCAGACGGGACCGCAUUUAAGAAGAGUGAGUGGACCACCCUGGAGAUCCAGGAAAAGGAAGAGGGCUAUAAGAAGCACUGCUUCAAUGCUUUUGCCAGUGACCGGAUCUCCCUGCACAGGGCCCUGGGGCCAGACACCCGACCCCCUGAGUGUGUGGACCAGAAAUUCCCGCGCUGCCCCCCACUGCUCAGCACCAGUGUCAUUAUUGUGUUCCACAAUGAGGCCUGGUCCACCCUGCUGAGAACGGUGUACAGUGUCUUAUACACCAGCCCUGCCAUCUUGCUGAAGGAGAUCAUACUGGUGGAUGAUGCCAGCACUGAGGAGUACUUGAAGGAGAAGCUGGAGCAGUAUGUGCAGCAGCUGCAGAUCGUAAGGGUGGUGCGGCAGGAGGAGCGGAAGGGGCUGAUCACUGCUCGGCUGCUGGGCGCCAGCGUGGCGCAGGGAGAGGUGCUCACGUUCCUGGAUGCCCACUGUGAGUGCUUCCAUGGCUGGCUGGAGCCCUUGUUGGCUCGAAUUGCUGAGGACAAGACAACAGUGGUGAGUCCAGACAUUGUUACCAUCGACUUGAAUACUUUUGCAUUCUUCAAGCCUGUCCAGCGGGGCAGAACCCACAGCCGUGGCAACUUUGACUGGAGCCUGACCUUUGGCUGGGAGACUCUGCCUGACCAUGAGAAGCAGAGGCGCAAGGAUGAGACCUACCCCAUCAAGUCCCCGACAUUUGCUGGUGGCCUCUUCUCCAUCUCCAAGUCCUACUUUGAGCACAUCGGUACCUAUGAUAAUCAGAUGGAGAUCUGGGGAGGGGAGAACGUGGAAAUGUCCUUGCGGGUGUGGCAGUGUGGGGGCCAGCUGGAGAUCAUCCCCUGCUCUGUGGUAGGCCAUGUGUUCCGUACCAAGAGUCCCCACACCUUCCCCAAGGGCACCAGUGUCAUUGCUCGCAACCAAGUGCGCCUGGCUGAGGUCUGGCUGGAUAACUACAAGAAGAUUUUCUACAGGAGAAAUCUGCAGGCAGCAAAGAUGGCCCAAGAGAAAUCCUUUGGUGACAUUUCGGAACGACUGCGGCUGCGGGAACAACUACAUUGCCACAACUUCUCCUGGUUCCUUCACAACAUCUACCCAGAGAUGUUUGUUCCUGACCUGAAUCCCAUCUUCUAUGGAGCUAUCAAGAACCUCGGCACUGAUCAGUGCCUGGAUGUGGGUGAGAAUAACCAUGGGGGAAAGCCCCUCAUCAUGUAUUCCUGCCAUGGCCUCGGUGGCAAUCAGUACUUUGAGUACACAACCCAGAGGGACCUUCGCCACAAUGUCGCAAAGCAGCUGUGUCUACAUGCCAGCGCUAGAACACUGGGCCUUCGGAAAUGUCAGUUCACUGGCAAAAAUAGCCACGUGCCCAAGGAUGAGGAAUGGGAAUUGACCCAGGUGAGUCAGUUGCCCAGAAAUCUUGGAAUCAAGAACUCAAGGCCACAUCUGCCUGCUGCUUACUCUCUGUAUCUUCUGCCUGAGAUACCAUGAGGUGACCUGGAUCACCUCUUCAGGAACUCAGGAUCUGGUACCUGCCUGACAUCCCAGGACAAAAAACCAACCAUGGCCCCCUGUAAUCCCAGGGACACCCACCAGCUCUGGCUCUUUGUCUAGGCCCUGGAUCAUCCCCAGCAAGCUCCUGCGAUCCUCUCAGGAAACAGGAUUGCUCAUGUCUGACAAACUGACACUAGCUCCUCAAUAGGCCUUAAAAAUGGAUUGCUAAACCCAAUGGAUGUCAAAGCAGGACCAUCUUGCUCCUUGCAACAUUGGACCCAUUUUCUUUCCUCCACACUGAUGGAAGAGUCCUUGAGGACACAUGAUACUUGGCCUAGGGCUCUCCUUCUGCCCUAGAAACAGAGUCCUCCAAAGCAGAGAAGGCAGCUGGGGGAGGGCCCAGGACAGCAAUGCUGAACACAAGAAGAACACCUCUGUAUCCCCAUCCUGAAGCCCUGGUCACCCAGAGCACCUGCAGAAUCUAGUGAAACAGGGUGCUCUCAUGGAGGGAUUAGAGGUCAAAGAGAGCCUCCCUUGCUCAUAGCCCAAAGUGUGUAGAACUGAUCAUGAUUCAUGGGAAGUAUCCCAUUGAGUAUCCUUUAUUUUAUUUCAUUUGUCCAAUAAUCCUGUGAGAGAGACAGGACAGGAACCACUGUGCCCAUUUGACUGACAAGAAACUAAAGCAGAAAGAGGUAAAUGAGUCUGUCUGUAGUCACACAGCUAGUGGAUAGCUGUAGCUAAGACUGGGGCUCUUCACUGCUGAACCAAAGCUCCUUCCACCACACAAGAACACUAGACAAGCCACCAGCUUUACUAUGCCCUCUUCACCCCAUUCUGAUCAUUUACAGCUGGCUGGCUUCCAUAAAGCCUAGAACAAUAGAGCUGUGUAGCCAUGUGGAAGGAGACCACAUUUGGGAAUCCUGGGAUGUCAACGCUGAAAAAAAGUUCAUGGAAGCAGUGCUUCUCAAGUUUAAGCCCCAUAUAUAAAGUAGAAAAAGCAAAGCAGCAUGGUGAAAAUUGAGGGAGGGAAGGGCAAUGCUCUCCAAUCUAUGAACUUGUAGAGGUCUGUGAACCUAAUUUGAAAACUGAUAUUUUAAUCCUUUAAUUUCAUAUUAUGAAACUGAGACCAGACGAGUGAAUUUGUCCAAGGACACCCAGCAAGGUAUUGGCAACCCUGAGACUAGAACUCAAGCAGGGACAAUUUGCAGAGUCAAGCAAGACUAAAAGACUGAUCCCUUCCACUGUACUGGCAUAGGCAUGGUAUGGAGCAGACUUAAUGUGCUACUGGCUCUUCGUCCAAGGUAGAAAGCUCCCCCUACUGCCAGGACUGGACUGGUGGCACAUGCCUAUAAUCCCAAGGACACAGGAGGUUGAGACAGGAGGAUUAUGAGUUCAAAGCCAGCCCCAGCAACUUAGUGAGGCCCUAAAGCAAUUUACCAAGACCUUGUCUCUAAAUAAAAUAUUUAAAAGGGCUGGAGAUAUGGCUCAGUGGUUAAGCACCCCUGGGUUCAAUCCCUGGUACCAAAAAAAAAAAAAAAAAAGAGAGAGAGAGAGAAAGAAAGCCCUCCCUGCGCCCCCUCUGACAAGCUGAAAACAAAUUCUGACCAGGAAGUCUUCUUCUGAUAUCAGUAGCAGGCUAUCACCACUUGAGGGUGCCAUGGAACCACAGCUGCCUCCUGUUCCCUGCAACGCAACCCUGUAGGAAGCUCCCUGGUACCCUUUGGGAGCCCAUUGUAGAGAAGAUACUCUAGGGUGGCCCAGCCAAAAGGAAAGAAAGAAGUGGCCAGGAUGUGACCUAGAGUGGGGAAAAGGAGAAGUUCUUAGAAACAAGAGAAUUGGGCAUGGAAUCCCAGUGGAAAUAAAGAUUUUAGGGCAUUGGUAGAAGAAGUGUGUGUUGGGUUCUUUUCCUGCUCUGUCCCUUAGCUGUAUCUGUUGAGUUAGAUUGGGAAGAACCACAUACAUUUAAAAUACUCCGUUACAGUCACUGGCAGUUAUUCCCAAAUAUUUAUGUAUUGGAUGUCAAGUACAUGAAGUUAUGAGGAAGUGUAAGAUGAGAUUAUUUCCCUGUGGAACUUCUGCUCUAAAUAAGUCAUGAGAAGCUUGGAGAAGUCAGAAAAAAAAAAAAAGUGCUAUGUGUGUUAGAAGGAACAGUCCCUUCCCC